AGGAUGAUGGGUCGAAAUCAUUAGGGUGAAGAGCCGGAAGAAUCUAUAAAAGAUGUUCUGUUGUUAUAUGGAAGAGAAAAGGGAAGCUCAAAUGUAUAUCGAUGGAAGGAAUGGGAAUAAUGCGUGGGGAAAGAAAAGGAUAUCCAAUGGCAUAUGCUGAUGAUCCAAUAUUGUUUUUGAGUUUCCCUAUAAAAAGCUCACUCAGUCGUGGCGCUGCAUAUGCUUUUACAUUAUUGUUAUUAUUAUUAUUGUUAGGUAAUACUACUAAGCCAACUAGGGGAAGGGCUUCUCUCAUUUGGCAGGCAGGCAUGUCUCUUUCUCUCAUGUCCUGCCAAAGGAGAGUUGCCCUUCGUCUGGUUUUGCUUUGCUUUCAACUUGUUUAUCCAUCAAAACAUCAACAGCCUUCUUCCUCCAACCCCCAAACUACCUUCAAUCCAGCACUCUUCUUCUUUGGAGCUUCUCUUGUUGAGUAGUUGUAGCAGAUCAAACUUCAGAAUAUGCAAUCUCCUUGUAUUAGAGAGGCCUCGAAGGCCUGCCUUCGAGGCUGCUGUCGACCUCUGUUUCUUGGUCUUCCUGAUUCUUCCCUGCCAUUAGCUUCAACUCCUGCAUACGACUUUCAUGGAGCGACACAAACGUCUCUUCACCCAAAUGCUCGCUUCUCCGACCACGAAUCAAUUCCUUCACUAAACGAUGCGUUUACUUACUUCAUUAGAGCAUACCCUCUGUACCCGGACACACAACAGAUCGAUCAAAUCCGAGCUGAUGAAUACAAUCAUCUUGCCCUCUCCAAACAUGUCUGUCUAGAUUACAAUGGCCAGUGUCUCUUUUCCUAUGCUCAACAGCAAAGUUUCCCAAUGGCUACAGCUGCUGCAUAUUCUUCUUCUCCAUCAGGUUCCCCUCCUCCGUUUCUGCAUUCCCCGGGAUCGCCUUUCUUCAACAUCUCCCAUAGAUCAGUGAAACCAAAUACCCAGGUGGGGAAUUGUGGUCAAGAAUCAGAAUUUGAGUCCAGAAUCAGAAGUAGAAUCAUGAGGUUUAUGAAUUUAUCAGAAGAUGAUUACGCUAUGGUAUUCACAGCCAAUCAAUCAUCAGCCUUCAAACUUCUGGCUGACACUUACCCUUUUCAGUACAAUAGAAAUUUGGUCACAGUUUAUGAUCACAAGAGCGAGGCAGUUGAAUUGAUGGUAGAAAGCUCUAAGAAGAAAGGAGCUAGAAUCAGCUCAGCUGAGUUCUUAUGGCCAAAUCUAACCCUCGCCACCGGAAAAUUAAGAAGACUAAUCGUGAGUAAACGAAAGAAGAAGAGGAAGUCGAAAAGGGGAAUAUUUGUUUUUCCACUUCAGUCAAGAUUAACAGGAACUCCAUAUUCAUAUCAAUGGCUGAACAUAGCUCGGGAAAAUGACUGGGAUGUCUGCCUAGAUACAUGCGCACUCGGAGCAAAAGACAUGGAAACUUUAGGCCUCUCUCUGUUCAAGCCCGAAUUUCUAAUUUCUUCUUUCUACAAAAUUUUCGGCGAAAACCCAUCAGGAUUUGGCUGUUUGUUCAUCAAGAAAUCCAAUGUUUCAUUCAUAGAGAGUUUAAUUACUUCACCUUCAAGUAUCGGCGUUAUAAGCCUUAUCUCAACAUCACCACAAUUUCCAUUUCCAGAAGAACCAGAGAGUACAGAGAUCAAAACUGAACAAAUCUCAAAACCCGGCCUACAAAAUCAAAAUCUCGCUAUACCAGAGUCGUCAAAUUUACCUAAAAUCGGAGAGGACGCUGAAAUUGAAGAGGAAGAACUCUCAAUUACAGGAAUCGUCGAAAUAGGGACGCCCCUCGAAUCGGCUCGAUCAACAAACACAGAAAUGGAAAUAAACUGCAGAGGGUUGGACCACGCAGAUUCAGUAGGCCUAAGAUUAAUAAGCAUUAGGGGAAGGUACCUGAUCAAUUGGCUCACAAAUGCAUUGACGAACCUCCAACACCCAAAUGCGGAAGAAGGGUUUAGGCAAGGGCUAGUGAGAAUCUACGGCCCGAAAAUCCAAAUCAACCGAGGACCGGCCGUCGCAUUCAACGUAUUCGAUUGGAAAGGGGAAAAGGUGGAUCCAGGUAUGGUUCAGAAACUAGCCGACAGGAACAACAUAUCGUUGAGCAAUGGAUUUCUGAAGCAGAUAAGUUUCUCGGAGAAGAACGAGGAGGAGUUUGAAAUGAGAAAAGAGAGAGUGGUGGAAGAGGGUGAAAGAACGGAUAGAAGCGAGAAACGACAUUGUUGGAUCUCAGUGGUGUCGGCGGGCGUUGGAUUUUUGACGAAUUUUGAAGAUGUUUACAGGGUUUGGGCGUUUGUUUCCAGGUUUCUGGAUGCAGAUUUUGUGGAGAAGGAGAGAUGGAGAUAUAUGGCUCUUAAUCAAAACACAAUUGAAGUUUGAAAUUUCAUCCUGUUUCUGAACUCAAUCAAUUCUUUUCAGUGAAAUUCAAAUUCAAGUCUUUGUU